GCUGGAUGCAGUUACAGGUGUUGAGGUGUUUGUGAAAUACAAAACAGAUCUACUUCUGAACGUCAACACAUCUGGAAUUGACCCAAAUUCCGAUUUUUCAUGGAAAUUUAAUGAAACUACAAAUGUGGUAAAAGUUAAUAUGGGACAAAAUCCAAAUCUAAAUGAUUAUGCUGCAAGGGCUGAGUUCUUUCAACAUAACUACUCUGUGCUGAUAAAGAAUAUGCAGCAUGAUGACAGUGGAUCUUACAAAGCAAAAGUGAGCGGAAACAAGGAUGUCACAAAAACUGAAUACCAAGUCAGAGUUGUAGAUCCAGUCUCUCCAGUAAAGCUGACCAUAAACCCUGAUGUGUCAGAUGUUUGUAACGUCACAGUGACCUGCAGCACACUGGAUUCUCUCAUUAGUAAAACUUUUCAUUGUAACAACAUAACCUGCUCUCUGGUGUCAAACCCAGACAAAACAGCUCCAUCUUCUACACUCAGCGUCUACGUACAGCAAGACUACAUCAUCUGUAACCAUAGCAACCAAGUGAGCUCAGAACAGCUCUCUCUGCAGCCAUCAUAGCUCGGAUAGCAGUCAGUGUUCUAUUUGUGGUUGUUACUAGCCCCUGUGCCCUGUACAUGUACUGUAAAAGAAAGCACUCCGACAAAGCAGUCCCUGAGAGCAUCAAUCCAGAUCCUAAAAAUCCUGCAGGAGCUGCUUCAGGUGUUUCAACAGAACCAAACCCUGUCCUGUCCCUCAGUCGUCUGGCACAAGAAGAGGAGAGCAGACAGCAGCCAGCACGGAUUAACAGAGCAUCAAAACCAAACUCUGCAGCUUCUGCAGUCAACAACUGAAAAACUAAUAUGUUUUGUGUUUUAAAGGAUUAAAAAAAUGAAAACUGURAAUACAGAAAACUAGAUUUCUAUCAUGAUCUGAUGCACUGCAGCAGCUUUCAUCACAUGAAGAGCUUUAAGUAAAUAUGAAACUUUUUACUAAAAUUUUGUUUAUAGCAGUUUUGUAUAACUAUGAAAAAAAAUCAUAGAAGAAAAUCUUAUGAGGAACAAAACCUGACUGAAAAUCCCAAAUUACAAGUUUGAAGAUUAAAAGAGCAGAAACAAACAGCAGUAUCUUCAGUGAUGGGAUAAAACUGCAGGAAAUUAUUUUAUCUAAAUAAAUUUAGUGUUUUCUUUUGCCAUCUGGACAAACUUCAGAAUAAAAUUGUGUUGGACUGAUUAGUGUUGUUACAUUUCAGGGUCACUGAAGGCAGAAUAAAGACUGAUUUGCUGAUUGAACUUUAGGUUUAGAGAAACAUUUAACUGUAAAAGAAAAACAAAACAAAAACAAAAAAACAAACAAACAAACAAAAAAAAAACAUUUAACUGUAUUGUUCAUGUUUCCCAUCACCUGUAAUAUUUAUGUGUUCAGUUUUUUUCAUUUAGAUUCUUUGUUGUCCUGCUGUUUUCAGUUUAAUGUGAAAGUUWUUGUUUUUGCUGAUGAAGAUUUUAUAUUUUAGUUUUUUCUUUAWUGUUUUCUUUUGUGUGUUACUGCAGCUGCUCAGCAUAAUGUAAAUUACUGAAACMUAUUGAAGAAAAGUGUAAGUCAUAAACGUCAGCAGUACAUGUUUAAUCAUGUUUAAUCAUGUUUACAUGUGAGAGCAAGUUUGAAUUAUGGCCUAAAGGGCCUCUCAUGUCUGCCUGUGUAGGUUAUUUUGCUAAUGUAUUUGCCUUUUUUUAAAAUAAAUUUUAACUUAGCAUAAAAAUGUUUUUUAUUGAAACAUGUUUUGUUAUUUUAAGUUUCCUAAAUUCAAGAGAAUUUUUUUUACUAAUGAAACUAGCUAUUUUUACCCCUUUGUGCUGAUAAAACAUUGGAUUGUAAAUUUUACAAAAUAAAAAGUUACUUCUUAA